UGAUCUAUGUGGUUGAGAAUUAUCAACAAAUAGCUCUUAGUUUAUUCACUCGCAAAAUGAUGAAUCUCUUGAGGUUGUUCGACACGUGGGGCUUUACAAACUUUACAGAUAGGUUGAUGAAUAUCUAAUUUGCAAAUUCAUGGUUGAUUCAUGCAUAAGCUGCUUUGGCACUAGUUUGUACAGAAAAUUCUUAUCAUGCAGAAUUUGUUGUAGUUGGUGAUUUGAAUGCUGAAUACUGAAGAUAUUGUUUUGGAUGAACAGGCACUUUGUUGACCUUAGUGGGUCAUGAAGAAGAGGAUUUGGAAUUGUGAAUUCUCGUCGUUACUUUCUACCAUGAGCAGAAUGAGGUUUUGAGGCUUUACAAUGUCGGACCUGGGUUUUGGAUUUCUGGCCCUCUGAAGUGUGUGAUGUACAGAUAGCAGGAUUGCUAUUUGAAACAAUAUUUGAUGGGUCCUUCAACUAUUAUAUCUAAAAAAGGUUUUAAGUGAGGCUUGUACUAGAGAACCCCUUAGAUAGCUUGUCUAUCUUGAUUCUCAAACAAUUGGCAUAGAUAAUGCUAAUGGCAUUAAUGAUGAUAGUCAUGUAUCCUUUCAAGCAUCAUGUGAUGCUGCUGCACUAAAAAUAGUUUUUGAGGCCUUGGAUCUAUCUGAUUCUUCACACAUAUAUGCUUGUUUAGCAUAGCUGGAGCCAAUUGUUAAGGAAAGCUUAAAACUUUCACGUCAUAGCUAAUUUUUCUUAGUCCGUUCUUUAGGUGAACUAUAUGAAUUAUCCUGGAUGAACCAAUUUUGGCUGGCUUGUAGGACAUGACAGUGAACUGGCAAUAAAUCUUGAGGUUCUUCAUGUAGUUGUCAUGUUUUAUACAGUCUUCUGUCCUCUGCUGUAAGACUCAACUUACAAGAAUCACUAGCAGGGCACUGAAAGGGCAUAUCAAGACCAGCAUGGUGAGCAUUCUACAAAGGGGGUAAAUCAAUAUGAAGCUCUUCUAAAGCCAUGCCAUCAAAGGGCUUUUCUAAGAUCAAGUCAUCAAGGAAUCUUUUUAAGUCAUCAAGAAAUUCUUUUUAAGUCAUCUGGAUUUUUCUAAGUGAAAUUUUUUGUGAAGGCCAACCCUAUUUUUCGGGACAUGAACUGACAUUGCAUGCAUUUUUGGCGACCACAGCUGAUUCCAUUAGGAUGGUUAAGCUAGUAUGGACCAGAGGCACUCAAUUAAUCAAAAUCACAUGUACGAAAUGGAUCGUGAGCAGAUUUGGAACCAUCCACAGCAUGAUCACCAUUUGAACUUUGGAAAUUCUUCUAUGUUUCCAGCAGAAAAUACAACAACUAAUGGAGCAAACCCAGUCACUUAUUUCAACUCUCAUUUGAGGUCAAAUAACCAUCAAAUGGAAUAUUUUAACUCCCAGGUUCCAGUGCAUGUGCAAACUAAUGAUAUGGUAAUACCUUAUGAUGUAUAUACACAUUUUCCUUGCGGUGGAAGCAUUAGUCAACAUCCACCACAUUCUAUGCAGCAUGGAUUUUCUCAUAACCAAUAUGCAGUGGGGGAUAUAAGGAGGAAUGUCAAUCCCUUAAUUGAAAUGGAGUAUGAAAGAUCACCUUAUAAAAGAAAAUUUCUAGCAAACUUCGUGUUUCCUCAUGGAGAAAACACAAACAGAUAUAAUAGUGCUGGAAGUUCUUCCAACCCAACAAUUUCAACUGAAAUUUCACAGGGAAAACCUCAUGAUUCACAGUGCUGGCCUUGUGAUCCUGUUAGCUUUGAUCAUAGUCAUAGGAGUGAAAAUUCAUCAAAUUCUGGGCAAGGUUCUCAGAGGAAUGUUAGAAGUCGGCAUGAUACUGCCAUUCACUUGGAGAACAUCUCAUCUGGAGUCAGAACAACUACCAACUCAUCUCAUCUAGUUCAAUCAAUUGCAAGUACUUUGAAUGCCAACAUGGGAGCCCAGUGGAUUCACUCUCCAGUAUUUAUAAAUCCUAAUUCAAGAUCUUUUUCUUCAGAAACAAACUCCUUCAGUUAUGAUAUCAACCAUUCUUUUGUAGCAAACCAUGGUACCGCUAACAAUAUGGGCAUUGAUGGAGGCUACAGAUCCAAUCUGCAAUCACACAGUGGUCCCUUGUUGCGUGGUCGGAUGAUGGCUCCAAUUAUCCAUGGUCAAAGAACAGCUUACAGAGUCAAUCCUAGCUACCAGGCUGUCGAUUUAGCAGCAACUUCUCAAAAUACCAGGUUGCAGAGAGUGGAAUCCGCCAGGUCCUCAGUGCCUCCAAUGCCAUCAUCAAUAGUUCAUCGGAAUAAUAGGAGAAAUGGAAGAAUGAGUCGUUCUAACAGAUUCCGUUCUUUCUUGAACGAAGAUGCAUCUCAUGUUAGACGGACACCUGAGAGAAUAGUCCUGAUGGAUCACUCUGCCUUGUAUGAUCCAAUGCAUUUUCUUGAUCAACACCGUCAUAUGCGACUGGACACUGACAACAUGAGCUAUGAGGAACUGCUUGCUUUGGAGGAAAGUAUAGGCAAUGUGAGUGCCGGUUUAUCUGAAGAUGCUAUCAGGAUGUGCCUAAGGGAGACAAUUUUCUGCUCCGAUCAGACGGAAAAUGGCCACGAAGAAGAUUGUUGUCCAAUAUGCCUGGAAGUAUAUAAAGAUAGAGACACUCUUGGGCAAUUGAACUGCAAGCAUAUUUUCCAUUCCAGUUGUUUAAAGAAAUGGCUGCUGAUUAAGAACAUCUGCCCAAUCUGCAAAGCCUCUGCACUCGAAGACACUUCGAAGUAAAAAUAAAUGAUCACGCAUGAAAAGUCCCCAAUCCUUUCUUGAUAUCUUGUAAAUAUACUGUAUAACACUUUUUUUAACGCUGAUGAACCAUUCAUUCAGUGUAGGUCCGUAAUUCUUUCAUAGAAAAUGCUUAAUGUUUCUCCUCUUUCAAAA